AUGGCUGAUCAGGAUGAUAAAACAUUACCAACAGAUGGUACUGAAAAAAUUGGUCCAAUAACUUCAAUCUCAGACGUUACAUUUCCUGUUCAUGAAAAAGAAAAUAAUGGUUUAAUUGAUAUACCUCCAGGUAUAUUAAUUGAAGGAAAAUUUCAAUUUAUAAAAUUUCUUGAUGAAGGAGGUUGUGGUACAAUUUUUCUUGUAAAAGAUAUAGCAUCAAAUGCUCAGUAUGCUUUAAAGGCAGUCUCUAAUAAAAUUAGAGAAAAUACUAUUUUAAAUUUUGAAGUUCAAGUAAUGAAACGUUUAAGAAAUAAAAGAAAUGUUUGUCAAUUAAUUUCUAGUGGUAAAAAUAGUCGAUUUUCUUAUGUUAUAAUGACAUUACUUGGACAAUCAUUAUUUGAUUUAAUAAUUCAACAAAAAUUUUUAUCAAAAUCAACUUCAUUACGUAUAUCUAUUCAAUGUCUUUUAGGUAUUAAGCAAAUUCAUGAAGUUGGAUUUAUUCACAGAGACAUUAAAACUGAAAAUUUUUUAAAAGGUGUUGGUAAUGAGAGAAUCAUUUAUCUUGUUGAUUUUGGAUUAGUAAGAGAAUAUGUAAAAUUUAAUUCAUCAAAUCAAUUGGAACAAAGAAAGGCACGAAUUAAAUGUGCAUUUCGUGGAACAACAAAAUAUGCCAGUAUAAAUGCUCACGAAAAUCAAGAACAAGGAAGAAGUGAUGACUUAAUAUCAUUACUUUAUUGCACUGCUGAAUUUCAAAGAAAACUUCCAUGGGAUUUUGAUGAUACUGAUAAAGUUAAAUCAGUAAAAAAAGAAACUUCUCCAGAAACUAUCUUUCCUGAUUUACCAGAAUUGGCUGCUUGCCUUGUUUAUUUGUAUGGAUUAAGUUAUUAUACAAGACCGGACUAUCACAAAAUAUUUACAUGUUAUAAAAAUGAAAUGGUAAAAUUAGGUGUUUCUUAUGAUGACCCAUAUGAUUGGGAAUUAACAAAACGGCAAACAGUAAAAUCAAUAAGAAAAAAACCUGUAAAUGUAGAUAAUGUUACACCAAAUAUCGAAAAUAAAAAACCUUGCCCAUCUAAUCGUACUCAUGCUAAUGGAAAUGUUUUGAAAAAUCGUAUAGCAAAAGCAAAACGUUCAAUAAGAAAGACAUCUAGAAGAAUAAAAAAUUCUUUUCGUAAAAAAAAUAAUAAGACUGAUGAGGAUUCAAAUUUAAUUAAUGAUAAUGAAUUAGUUGAAAAAAGUUUGGAGGCUGAAGAAUCUGCCAGAAAAAAAGAUACUUCACCACUUUCAAUAUUAAGUUUAGAUGAAAUUGAACAAGAAUUUAAAAGAAAUAUAAUUGGUUUCUAA